AUGCCCCACACAUACAAGUUCAACGUCGCCAUGAGCUGCGGUGGCUGCUCCGGCGCAAUCGAGCGCGUGCUGAAGAAGCUCGAUGGCGUCGAGUCGUACAACGUGUCCCUCGAAACCCAGACCGCCGAAAUCGUCGCCGCAGACUCGCUCUCCUACGACGCCGUCCUCGAGAAGAUCAAGAAGACCGGCAAAGUCGUCAAGUCUGGGGAGGCUGAUGGUGAGCCGAGGGACAUCUAA